UCAAGCUCUCACAGUCCUCUCGGCUCCGCACUAAUGGCGGGUUUCUCAGAGAAGGAGCUCCGAGCUCUUGAGAGGAGGAUCUCCAACAUCGCCGGCCAUCUUCUCCCUGUCGUUUCUGCUUCUCUCGCUACGCCAAUCUCUCCGUCUCCCACCGCAGCGAACGAUAGUUACCACCGCGUCCAUGGCGAAGUCAACUCCAAAGAGGCUGUGUGGAGCAUUGCUUGUGAUGACUCGGGAAAGGAAUUCAUGGAUAUUAUUUAUGAGAAGGCCGUCGGAGAAGGCAUCGCUAAGAUUACAAUAAAUCGUCCAGAGAGGAGGAAUGCUUUUAGGCCGCAAACUAUCAAGGAACUUAUUCGUGCAUUUGAUGAUGCAAGGGAUGAUAGCUCUAUUGGAGUUAUCAUAUUAACUGGAAAGGGAACCAAGGCAUUUUGCAGUGGUGGUGACCAGGCCUUAAGGAAGUCAGAUGGAUAUGUUGACUAUGAUAGUGUUGGUCGUCUUAAUGUCUUAGAUCUGCAGGUACAAAUCCGCCGGCUCCCAAAACCAGUUAUAGCGAUGGUAGCAGGUUAUGCAGUUGGUGGUGGGCAUGUGUUACACAUGGUUUGUGAUCUAACAAUUGCAGCUGAUAAUGCAAUUUUUGGUCAGACUGGUCCAAAGGUUGGAAGUUUUGAUGCAGGUUAUGGAUCCUCCAUCAUGUCCCGCUUGGUUGGACCUAAGAAGGCACGAGAGAUGUGGUUCUUGUCACGGUUCUAUGAUGCUUUUGAAGCAGAAAAAAUGGGGCUUGUAAAUACCGUUGUACCGCUCGAGAAACUUGAGCUUGAAACAGUGAAAUGGUGUCGGGAAAUCUUAUGCAACAGCCCGACAGCUAUUCGGGUGCUGAAAUCUGCUCUUAAUGCAGCAGAUGAUGGUCAUGCAGGGCUUCAGGAACUGGGUGGCAAUGCAACACUAAUUUUCUAUGGUACUGAAGAGGCACAAGAAGGUAAAACAGCAUACAUGGAACGUCGACGUCCGGAUUUCUCAAAAUUUCCCAGAAAACCUUAAAAUUUUGAGUUUGUGAAUAUGGUUUGUUCCCAUAAUAAAUAUUCUCAUCAUCUAAAAUUGUCUUUGUACUGUUUAUCUUGUCCUUGCUGCAAUCCUCAAAACUUUGGAGAUUUAUUAAAUAUUUAUUUAUUUUAAAUAAUAUAAAGUAUCUAUAUGUUAUUUCUUUAUUA